ACAUAUGUUCAUUGGCGUAAUUUUAAUUUGUGAAAUUUAACGAAGCCAAGCAUACUAACCUGAACGAAUAAACGGUUUUUUCGAAUUUAAUGCACUUUUACGCUUCGUCAAGUUAAGAACUCACUCGGGGGUAGUUUCAAGUGUCGAGUUAAAUUAUUACAAAAGUGUAUCAGAAAUUAAACAAAUUUAUUUCGAUGAAAAUGAAUCUUUCGUGUCAACCUGCUAAUCAAACGCAGCGGAAAACUAAUCAAAAUAUACAAGUUUAUGUUCGUUUAAGGCCACUUAAUGCGCGUGAGAGACAUAUACGUUCUACUGAAAUUAUUGAGGUUUUAUCGCCUAAGGAGAUCGUAGCACGUCAUUCCGUAGAGUCGAAAUUAACCAAAAAAUUCACAUUUGAUCGUACUUUUGGCCCAGAAUCUAAGCAGGUAGAAGUCUACUCAGCAGUAGUAGCGCCACUAAUUGAGGAAGUAUUAGCUGGUUACAAUUGCACCGUGUUCGCUUAUGGUCAAACGGGUACAGGCAAAACUCAUACCAUGGUGGGCAAUGAAUGUGCCGAAUUAAAAUCCACAUGGGAUGAUGAUUCCGAUAUUGGCAUAAUACCACGAGCUUUGGGUCACCUCUUCGAUGAAUUGCGCAUGCUAGAAAUGGAAUUCUCAAUGCGUAUUUCCUAUUUGGAAUUGUAUAAUGAAGAGCUUUGCGAUCUGCUAUCCUUGGAUGACAGUACUAAGAUACGUAUUUUCGAUGAUAGUACAAAGAAGGGUUCGGUUAUCAUACAAGGACUUGAAGAGAUAUCAGUGCACAGCAAAGAUGACGUUUACAAAUUAUUAGAAAAGGGCAAAGAACGUCGAAAAACAGCUAAAACUUUAAUGAAUGCUCAGUCAUCGCGCUCGCAUACGGUUUUUUCCAUAUUAGUGCACAUUAAAGAAAAUGGUUUAGAUGGUGAGGAAAUGCUGAAAAUUGGCAAAUUAAAUCUAGUAGAUUUGGCAGGUAGUGAAAACGUCACCAAGGCAGGAAAUGAAAAGGGUAUACGUGUACGCGAGACGGUGAACAUAAAUCAAAGUCUAUUGACUUUGGGACGUGUCAUAACUGCUCUAGUGGAGCGUACCCCGCAUAUACCAUACCGUGAAUCUAAGUUGACACGUUUGCUGCAAGAAUCGUUGGGUGGUCGCACUAAAACUUCAAUAAUAGCUACAAUUUCCCCGGGCCACAAAGAUAUCGAGGAAACAUUAAGCACAUUAGAGUACGCACACCGAGCGAAGAAUAUACAAAACAAACCCGAAGUUAAUCAAAAACUUACUAAGAAAUCUGUGAUUAAGGAAUAUACCGAGGAAAUUGAUAAACUUAAACGUGACUUAAUGGCAGCGCGUGAUAGGAAUGGUAUCUAUUUAGCUGAGGAAACUUACAAUGAAAUGCUUCUGAAAAUGGAUUCGCAAAAUCGAGAACUUAAUGAGAAAGUGUUGCUAUUGAAGGCCUUAAAGGACGAAUUGCAAAACAAGGAGAAAAUAUUUAACGAAGUUAGCUUGCAUUUGGUCGAAAAGGUGGAAGAAUUGCAAAAAGCCGAACACAAUCUAAAUCAAACAAAGGGUGUUUUACUGCAAACUAAAAAAAUAUUACACAACACCAAGCGACGUUAUAUGGAAAAAAAGGUCAUUUUAGAAUCGCACGUUAAAACUGAGGAAUUACUAACCAAACAAGCUUCGAAAAUACUGGAGGUAGCGGAUAUAGCUACUAAAGAUACGUGUGCUUUACAUGACACUAUUGAACGGCGCAAAGAUGUUGAUGGCAAAAUACAAAAUGUUUGCCAGAGAUUCUCAGAACGCAUGAACAACAAUUUCCAAUUAAUGGAUGAAAAAUUGAAUAAUCUACAAGUGCAACAUCAAAGUCUUACUGCCGGUAUCGGUGAAGAGUUGACGAACACUGCUUCCUUGCAAAUGGAACAGGUUGAGAAUGUUGAAUUAAAAUUAAAAGAGAUCAACGAAUUAAGUCAACAAUCUUUAACUAAUGCCUGCAGCAUUAUUAAUAAUUUUGUUGAAAACAUUAAUGGCUUAGGUAAUGAAAACAAGGAGAAACUCUCUAAAUUAUUGGAAACAUUAAAGAAAAGCAAUAUUGGUUUUGUUCAAGAAAUCAAAGAAAAUUUCAAUCAAUUGGAACAAUGUAGCCAACAACAAAAACGAACUAUCGAUCAUAUGCGUAACAGUAUUGUAAAACUUUUAAAGGAGAAGCAAAGUGAUUUCGAAACGCAUACUGGGCAGUUGCAAAGCAAAAUUAAAAUCAUGAAACAAUACACAGAACAAAAUCGACAACAAUUGCUGGAGAUAAGUGAAGUUAUGGACGAAAAGAGUGCCUUAGAAUACCAGGAACAACAAGUACUUGAGAAAUUUCAAAAGGAAAUGCAAGAUAUACAAGAACGUGGUUUUGCAGAAAUGCGCCUUAUACAGAAACGCCGAUGCGCUGAAUCUGAUAAUAUGAACAGAGCCGUGGAUAUCAUAAAAACGAACAAUGACAAUUUCUUAAAUGAAUUAGAGCUGAAAUCAAAAAUGCAUUCUGAAUUUUUAACGCAACAUCAAAAUGAUGGAUUAGAGCAGCAAAAAAUAGCAGAAAGUCAAAGUGCCGAAGUGGAACAAAAUGCUGAACGAAAUUUCGCCAUAUGCUCUAAUCUACGGAGACAGUUAGAUAAUAUGCAUGAAAAGGGCGCAGAACAAUUGCAAGCCUUUAUGCAAAAUCACACGUCCUACGAUACGCAAAUUCAGCAGCUAAAUAGCGGUUAUGAGAAUCAAAUGAAAUGUUUGAGCCUCGAAGGUUAUAAAAAAGUGCAAAUGUCAACGGACCGCGUUAAGCAAUUAGCGGUUGAAAAUGCGCAACGUUUAAAGAAUCAUAUUACAGUGGCCGCUAGUUUGAAUUCGACUAUUGAAGAUGUUGUAAAACAUUACGCACAACUGCAUCAAGAGCAAAUGAAGAUAUGCGUGAAUGAUGUGAACAUUUUCAAGCAAAAUGAGCUGAAAACUUACACUCCCAGUGGCUCAACACCUUCGAAAAAGGAAUUCACCUAUCCACGCGUGUUGGCGGCAACCUCGCCGCACACGGGCAUACUUAAACGUUUUCGCCAAGAAAAUGGGAUUGACACCACGUCUGAUAUGGAUGCUACGGUGACUAUAGAAGAGGAAACGCUCUUAGAGGAUGAUAUUGAUGACUCGGUGCAGUUACUCUCGGACGCUGGUGUCGUACUCAAUUCUACACCAGUUGAGGCGGAAGCCGCGUUACCACCGAAACGAUCUAGUCGCAGUAACGAGAAACGUUACGAAAACGACAAAAAUUCGAAUUCGAACACUUUACAAGUGCCAGCAUUGCACGAUUUACCGUUAAAUAAAUUAUCACCAAGGAAGCGUUCACCAACUGGUAGCAUUGAUUCGAAAUCAAAUGCAGUUAAAGUGGUGGCAGCAAAUCGUUUAACAAUUAAUAAACAUUCGCCGACACUUAAAUUAUCCCCGAAAAAACACUCACCAACUUAUUCAAACGCGCCCACAAAAUCCAUACCUUUUGAAUGGAAGCAAAAUGUAAUUUCUCGUAUUUUAUCACGAAAAGAAAUGCAGAAUUAUACAAGACUAAGCGAUAUAAGAAAUCUGCUGCCGAAGUCCAUCAAACACAUUCACAGGAUUGUGAUGAUGCUGCUCCGUCAUAUCCCAAUUGUCGGUUUCGAGUGCGACGGCACGAAUUGACUAAAAAAGGUCAUUUUGGAUACUUGUUGCAAGCGUUGCCUAGGAUGCACUAUUGCAGCUCGAAUAGGAAGUUCUGCCACACCCAGCGUACUCAACAAAUAUGCCGUCUCCUACUUACCACUUGUUCAGAUCGGUUCAACAUGGCAUGGCUGGCACGACAGGCCGUAAAGUUGAAGAAGAGCGGAAAUGGGUCGAUGGGUCGAUCGCUGCCAAACUAAUAUAAGUUUUUUCGACAUGUUAUCGCCAUUUUGCUCAACAAUAUUGGCAAAUUUAUUUGUUGUAGAAAAUGACGGAAACUAUCUUACUUAAUAUAUAUCUAUCUUGUAUCCAUUUUUCAGUGAAAAAAUGGCCAAAAUUUUUUCAAGCACCAUCGAGCGGGUAUUAAAACAUUCGACCAAUUCAGAUAAUAUUUUAAUUUUG